AUGAAGCCUAUAAGCUUUGUCAUUUUGGCAAGUGCAGUUCAUGCAACUUGUUUCGAUGGAAAUAAUGGAGGCUGCUCCCACUUUUGCUCAGAGGGAGUUUGCUCCUGUCCAGACUGCUGGACGCUUGAUUCGGACGGAAAGACAUGUCUCAUUGCGCCGGAUAAAGGAAACAUUACCUGUGGAGCAUCGGGGCCGACUAUUUUUCUCGAUAAAUGUGUUGUUCCUGAAGUUGAUCAAGCAUCAAUCCAUCUCAAUCACGACAACUGCUCAGCUGUUGAAGACGGUACUACUCAUUGGAAGAUAACACCAUCGUCGUUUUACGAUUGUGGAACUGUUGUCGACACCCAGGAACGGAAAUAG